AAGUAGAAAAACAGUUACUUUUAAUUAAAUUACUUAAACAAAAAGCUAGAAACCAGAGAAGGCGUCGAAGGAGAUGGUAUGUACGACCUGUGAACCAGACGAGACAGACGGAAGGCGAAUUUUCUGUGCUUGUCCGGCCCCUGAGAGACAUCGACGAAGAAAUGCAUUUCAGAUAUUUUCGCAUGUCUGCAGGUAGAUUUGACGAUUUGGUUCGUCGUGUAAAGCCAUUUAUUACACACCAGUGUACGCACAGUAUGCCGAUAGAUAUUACGCAGAGACUGGCAAUCACCCUUCGAGUUUUAGCUUCAGGUGGAAGCCAACAGGCUGUAGCGGCUAGCUACAAACUAGCCUCUAGCACAGUGUCUGUCAUAGUGUCUGAGAUCUGUAAAGCUUUGUGGAAAGCACUGCAGCAAGAAUUUCUUGUAUGCCCUUCAGUCGCGCAAUGGGAAAAUAUUGCUGCUGAUUUUUGGCGACUGUGGAACUUUCCGAACUGUGUUGGCAGCGUAGACGGAAAGCAUGUCAACAUAAAAGCGCCACCACACUCCGGGAGCGACUUUUUUAACUACAAAGGCGCUCACUCCAUUGUUCUGAUGGCCACAUGCGAUGCCAGAUAUCGCUUCACCAUGGUGGAUGUAGGGGGAUACGGACGAGAAAGUGAUGGUGGGAUCUUCAAGGAGAGUCGAUUUGGUUCUAUGCUGCUGGAACACGAAAUGAACCUGCCCCCACCAGCCAAUCUUCCUGGGACAGGUGUAAUAAUUCCACAUGUGAUAGUUGGUGAUGCUGCAUUCCCCCUACACAACAACCUAAUGCGUCCCUUUCCAGGGACGAACUUGCCCAGGGAAAAGCAGAUCUACAAUUACCGUCACUCCAGAGCCAGACGGGUGAUUGAGAAUGCUUUUGGCAUUUUGGUGGCUAGGUGGCGGAUCCUAGGAAGACCCCUAGAGUGUCGGCCAGACAAAGCUGUCGACAUCGUCAAAGCAUGUUGUGUUUUACACAACUUCCUGGCAUGCACUGAUGAGGUCAACACAGCUGUGAAUAGAUACAUCCCUGCAAAUUUCACAGACUCGGACACUACAGGGUCACCUCAGCUAGGAGAGUGGCGCAGGGUGGUGGCAGGGGACACUAAUGUAUUUGAACCUCUAGAUCCACGUAACCUUUCAAGGGCACGCUCCAGUAGAGCUGCAAUUGGUGUGCGCAAUGAUCUAAUGGCCUUCUUUCAAUCACCCAAUGGAAUUGUGUCAUGGCAGAACCAGAUUGUGUGCCGUGGUCAACUUGGUCAAUAAUUUGUGUUGAUGUAAAUGUAAAGAAGCUGUAAUUGACAUGUAAACAUAUUAAUAAAUACCUGUUAUGAAGUCAUA